AACAAUUCGUUCACAAAUAGGACAGCGCUACUCCCGGCUGUUGAAAUGGGGCUCUGAAACUACGAGCUGUCAAUUAGACAUGUAUUGAUAUUAUCUUGUGGUAUUUACCAAAAAGUGGGUUGCUGUUCCCUGAAAUCACCUGACUGCUCUCAUUAAGCCGUCAGAAUGAUGCGCUUUAUGCUUCUGUUCAGCCGGCAGGGGAAGCUACGACUCCAGAAAUGGUACACGGCUACGGCUGAGCGUGACAAAAAAAAGAUGGUCAGAGAGCUCAUGCAGGUCGUGCUGGCCAGAAAACCCAAAAUGUGCAGCUUCCUGGAAUGGAGAGAUCUUAAGAUAGUCUACAAGAGGUAUGCCAGUCUAUAUUUCUGCUGUGCGGUGGAGGAGCAGGACAAUGAGCUGAUUACCCUGGAGGUCAUCCAUCGCUUUGUGGAGCUGCUGGAUAAGUACUUUGGCAGUGUUUGUGAGCUUGACAUCAUUUUUAACUUUGAAAAAGCUUACUUUAUCCUGGACGAGUUUCUUAUGGGCGGUGAAAUUCAGGACACAUCCAAGAAGAGCGUGCUCAAGGCCAUCGAACAGGCCGACCUUCUACAAGAGGAGGAUGAGUCACCCAGGAGUGUCCUAGAGGAGAUGGGGCUGGCCUAGUACUUGUUUCCAAUACAGUCAAGACAGAUGGUAAAUUUUGGUACAACUGCAACAUGUGAAGGGGAGUUUGCAAGUGGGUCUAAGGGGAGGGAGGAGAAAAUAGGGUAAAUUUUGGUACUACUGAGAUCAGCAUGUGAUUGUAUUUCAAUUCCAACCUUUUUUUUUUUGUCUUUUACAUUUGGUAAAAUGACUGUCUAGCUGGGAACUCCUCUUUCUUAAACGACACUAGAGAAAGAGAGUUGCAGACAUUUGAAUUUAGCAAUCUGAACAUUCAGAGAAAUAUUUUGAAAAAAGAUUUGAGCCUUGCUAUUUUAAAAACAGGUCAUGCAAUGCCAUUACUAUACGUCUACUGUAGCUGCUCAGGAAAAAAUGACAUUGACCAUCCAGCCAUGUUUAUUUAUGUGAGAUGCAAAUAUUUGUACUUGUACCACUUUAAAUUAAGUGCUAUGGACCAUAAAGGAAAUCUUCUAAUGGGUUUUUUAUAAUGGAUCAAUUUUAAAGAUAUAUUCACUAAAUGGGAGGAAUUUUAAAUGACUCUUUUUAAAUGGCUGCAAUACUGAAUGGACUAUAUUGUGUGGUCUAUUCAUUCUGUUCCUUGAGCCACAGUAGUAAAAUGUCUGAAUGUGUAUCUUUCGUCGAGAACACGGCAGUGAGUCUCAACCACAAAAUGGCGCUGAAGCUCUUUCCUGUUUAUCUUGGUCUACAUCCUGCUCUCCAAAGAUGUGUUUCUGACUGUAGGCAUGGCGUUGGAGUUGUAAUAAGUAAGGGAGUGUUUGUAGCUUGUUUGAGAGAACAGAAGAGGGCUUUGAUAUUAAGUGUGAUGUAUUUACAUAGCUUUUUAAACGUGGUGUGAAAUAAGGGAAUAUUUUAAGAUGAACGGUUUCUUUUUUUAAAACAAUUGAAUAAUUCAGCAUGAGGGCAUGUUUUUCCCUGUGUAAACUCCGUCAGAUAACCAAAACAGAAUUAUGUGUGAAUGUAAUUUUAUAAAUAAUAAAACACAAUUUUAGCCUAAA